AUGUCGGAGACUGGGGAAUCCGAGACCAGGGAUGAAGGGACAGGAAGCUGUACACAGUCAGACUCCAGUACUCUGGACAUGUCAGAAAUCAUUAAGAACAGGGUGAUAGGAGGCAUGGAGCUCUUCAGUCCAGAUGACAUUAAAUCUACCCCUGGUUAGUAAGGUCGCAAGAAGAAAAAGAAAAAGAAAAAAGGUGGACAGGCCACUCCAAUUGAAGUUGAUUCAGAACCACCUCAUCUCUUUCCUGAUGAUCAAGUACAGAAUGCCCCCAAUGAAGAACAGGUUAUGGACUAUGAUGGCCAGUGGCAACCGUGGCAAGGAGGUCACUUCGGAAACAAAGAUUUUACUCCAAGACAACAGCCGUUUGUCCAUCGGGGUGGUUGGGGUCGUGGUGGGCGGGGUAGAAAUGAUAGUGAAUAUAUGAACAUGCAACAGUCAUUCAGAGGACCAAAUUUUUCAGGGCGUGGGGCAGGAUUUCAACACCCACAAAACUUCAAUCCACAAGAUCAUGGUCCUGAUCUAAUGGGAUCCAUGUACCAAGAUCAAAACAGUCAAAACAUGGGAGGCCCACGACCCCUAGCUCACAACAUGGGUGGUGUAAGACCCCCAGCUCAGAACAAUAUGGGAAGUCCACGACCUCCAAUGCACACCAUUGGAGGUCCGCAACCCCCACCUCACAAUAUGGGAGGUCCACAGUCUCAAAGAAAGCAACCCCUAUUAGGGGAUGGGCCGAUGCAAUUUAGAAUGGGGAAGAAGUCAUUUGGAGGGGAGUGCCAGUUUGGUGAAAGUUCGGGACAAUUUGGACCACAUCACAGGGAACAAUUUCACGGAUUUCAUAGUGAUAUUCAUCACCAUAAAGGAAUGAUGGGAUACGAGAAUAACCCACCGCUACCACCUCAGCAAGACAGAACACAACACCAGCAGUCAGAACAUCAACCAGAGUUCAGUCAAGGAAUGCCACCUCUGCCCUUAGAUUUUGAAUUGCCAGACUUUGCUAAACAACAGGAACAGCUCCUUCAGGAGCUCUCUAAGAACUCAUCAACAGAGCCUUCAAAAUCUUCUGAAAAUUCUAUUGAAGGUGCUGUUCCUGAUGCUCUGGACCACAUUCCUAUGCCGCCUACCCCAACACAAUUAUCUGCUCCAUUAAAACCACCGCAGCCAGAGACAUCCUCUAAUCCACUACCACCACCACCAGAAGCGACAUUACCAAAACCAUCGUUGCCAGAGGAACCACAAUCAUUGCUACAGCAACCGUCUACGCUGCCACCUCAGUCUUCUUCACUUUCUCCAUGGCAGCUAAACAAGCAUAAUAUGCCACCAUUGCCACCAACAGAUGAAGUGGUGCCACCAAUGCCACCAACAAAUGAAGAAGCGUCACCGAUGCCACAUUCCCCACAAGUGGUGCCAGUUCCUCCUUUUACCUCUGUUACUGAGGAAUUGACAUGUGUGCCAGCCAAACAGCAGGUAGCCUCAGUACCUGAGGACACUUGUAUAUCAAACAUUGAACCUAGUGCUAUUAGAUCUGAGCCAUCUACAGAAGAAGGGAAUGUUAGUGAAGUCAAUCAACACCAAAAUACAGAAAAUAGUCCAAAAGACUCUCCACUGACAAAACCUAUUGAUCCAAUCAAGACAACUGCCAUGAAGCUGUUGGAAAAAUUUCAACUGAAAAAGAAAAGUGAGUCAAAUAACCCAGAAAAAGACGGUGUUAUUACACAGGAGAAGAAAGAUCUUGUCACUUUAAGGAGUGGAUUGAGACCUGGUCAAAAGUCGAAAGUUUCUCUUUCAUCAGGCAGUCGUAUUCAAUUUGCCUUAAGGAAUAGUGCUAAGGUAACCGGCCAGUCGAACCCGUUAAAAAUAAAGGCGUUAGUUGGAGACGACGAGGAUGAUGAGAAACCUGAUGAUUCAAGUAAAGAUCCAUUAGAUGAUCUAAAUAAAUCAUCAUCGAAAGAGAAAUCCGCAAAAUCAGAACAAAAAGUUCCAGACAAAGUAACAAGUUCACGAGACAAAGAUUCUGAAUUAGGCUACAGGACAAUAGAGACAGGUGGUCAUGACAGGGACAAAUAUGAAGUCAAGUCAAGGACAAGUCAAAGGUCUCGUGACAGUCGUGAAAGGUCAGCAUCUCCUAAAUCCAAAGACUCAGGAAGUAGUAGAUCAAGGUCAAAAGAUCACAGGAAAAGGUCAAGGUCUCCAGAAGUUGAAAGAAAGACGAGAAAUUUUGAUUCACGUCGCCGAACUAGAGAAUUUCAUGGGAGGUCAAAUUCACCAGAGUUGACUGAUAGGAAAAGUAGAUCCAGUAGGCGAAGGCAAUCAACUGAUGAUGAAGGGUCUCCUGAUUCAGCAGAUAAAAGAAGAAAAAAUAGAUCCAGAUGUCAUUCUGAAAAAUCAAGGUCAAAGACUCCUGAUGCUCGACCAGAGAAUUCUGGAAGCCGAAAGGUUAAGACUGCAACAGAACCUGAAAGGUCAUUAUCUCCUGUUCUUAGGUCAAGAAAGGAUUCAUUUGGUGAAAAACCAAAAAGUAAACAUCCUGGAGAUUCUGUGCAUCCUAGUUUUACAGAAAAGGAGGAGAAGAGGAGUAUACGGUUGUCAAGGUUAAGGGAAAGGUCAAGAAGGUCAUCAAGUGCUUCAGAUGCUGAGCAGGACUCUGAGCAAAAAUCUGAAGUGGAAAUGGAACCAUUAAGAGAAAGCAAAGAACGGACAAGAAGAGAAAAUUCUGAGGACAAAAGAUUUCAUCAGAUAGAAAAAGCUGAUGAGGGUAGUAACUAUACAGAUGUUAACUUGGAACAGAAAACUGACAGAAACGUUGAUAUAAGGAGGAAAUUGGAGAACAAGGAUGAGGAGGAAGAAAGGUGUUUUGAAUCGAACAGUAGACAGAACAAGGAAAAGAGUAAAUGGGAAGAAUUAGAGGAGGAGAAAUUGAUCAGUAAGAAAGGUAAUAAUGAAGGUGAUGAAAGACUGUCAUGUCAAGAAUAUUCGUCAGACAAAGACAGUGAACAGAAUAAAAAUUCUGAGGGAAGAAGAGCCUCUCGGAAGUCGGAUGAUUUGAAAUUUUCUUAUCGGAAACAAUCGCCCGACUUCAGACAGGAAAGAAGAGGAAAAUCAGAGGAAGCAACAGAUUAUAGGUAUAAUGAGAAAGACUAUGAUGGUGAACGAACCCACAAGUAUUCGUUUGGUCGUGAAAGGGACAUUAGGAAAUCCACAGGUAGAUCAGAAGAUUUUGAUUCGAGUAAAAUUAGAAAAGGAGAUGAAUGUCAUCUUAGGCACAAUGAAAAAGAUAAAUCAAAUGUAGAUGACAGAGAUAAAAGACGAACUAAAUCUCCUGACGGGGAUGAACCACGACGAAGAAGGUCAAGGAGAUAUCACACAUCUCCGGAGCGGAGAGAAUCUACUAGAAAAUCACGGUGGAGUCGAGAACAGGAAAGCAAACACUAUGAAGAUGAAGAUUCUGUGGCCAAUCCUCUAGUAUCGUACAAUUCUCCUGGGAAAGAAGUUAAGCAAUCAGUAUCGCAUGAUUCACUGAUGAAGGAAGUUAUACCAUUGGUGUCCUAUGAUUCUCCAAUGAAAGGAACAAUGCCGUUAGUAUCGUAUGAUUCUCCAAAGAACAGAUCACCUGUCCCUAGUAAUAUUGUGACAGUACGUCCACUGGUUCAAUAUGACUCUGAAGAUGAUUCGGAUUUGGACAGUGAUAACAAAAUAGCAAAGUCUUCAGGUGAAACGGAGACUACAAAAAUACUAAAAUCGUCACUUGGGAAAGAAAGCAGUGAGCAGACUGCAGGCCCAGCUAUUGAUAAUAUAUGUGUUGAGGACAGUAACAGUGUUAGUGCCGUCACAGAAACAGUGACCCAAAUACCAUAUUCAGGGGAAGUAAUUAGUAAGGACAUAGGCACAACAAAACCUGUAUCUGAUUUGACUUUGGGUAUAGCUGCAGAGACUAGUAUUGUUAAGGAAUCCGAUAAUGAUCAGGCCAUUUUUCCUAGUGUUAGUAGCAAAAUUAUUCAGGAGUAUGAAGACUUUGAAAAGUUUUUGAUUGAAACUUCCUUCGAUUCCAAAGCAGUUGUAUCCGAUACUUCAGAUGUCAAUUUAGAAUCUGCUGGAACAUUACAAGGAAAUGCCACAGUUCUUGUCAAGGAUAGUUCUUGCCAAUCGAUGAAGGAAUCAGAAAACACCUCAAGAAAUGAUUCUAAUGUUGGAGACAUGAUAACAUCAGAGAAAAGUAUUCCAGACAGCAGGGAUGACAGUGUUUCUUCAACUGUUAUCAUAAACUCAGUGACUUCUCAAAUGCCAGCAAAAAUUACUCAGGAAGUUAUUCCUGACCCUCCUGAGGAGGAAUCAGGUCGAAGGUCACUGAGGUCAAGAAGGUCAUACACAUCAGAUCUUCAAGAAAAUAGUCCAAGAGAAAGUAGGCGAUCAAAGAGAAUGUCAAAAGAAGAGAAAGUCUCAAGCGAGUCAUCGACGUCUGAAGCAGGCAGAAUGACGAGAUCAAGGAGACUGCGAAGUCAGGAUGAUAAUGAGGCUCUGGAGGAUCAGACCAGCAGCAAAAAAAGCAAGGAAAAUUUAGAGGAGGGACGUGCAGGGAGAAGGAAAACACGAUCACAACACUCUGUCGAUGAUUCAAGGGAUAGCAGUAGGGAAACUAGAUCAUCAAAACGAAGCCGUCGACAUAGAAACCGCUCUGGAUCUUUAUCAGAUUACGAAAAAGAAGAUAAGAAUUUGAAAUCUCCUAAGGAAAUAGACAAAAAGCUCACUAGUCCACUUUCCGUUGAUCUUUCAAGUAUAGCGCUUCCAGGAGAAGGGAUAAAGAUACGCAUAUUCAGUGACUCUCAUAGUCCAGAAAAGAAGGACAGUAAACUGAUUGAAAAAAAGACAGAAUUAGAAAAUUGUGACCAAAAAAUGACACCACCGGCAGUUAUUGACCUAGCUUCCAUUGUUCUUCCUCCUGAACCACCUAAGAAUUCUGUCCUUCCUCCCGAGCCAUCUAAACUUCCUGUUCUUCCUCCUGAGCCACCUAAACUUCCUCCAAUCUCUGCCGAACCAUCACCAACAGUUGCUAUGGAAACAGAGAGUGUAUCACAGCCAGAAUUGGCUGACAAUAAACCGGCCUUGCCUGAAACUGCAAAGGAUGAUGAAAUAAACAAGAAAUUUAUUGGGGUCAAAAAUGAAAAGCUGAGAGCAGCAAUGGAAAAACUUCAAGCUGAGAAAAAUGCAGAUAAUGCAGAAAGCAAAAAUGUUAAAGUUAAGGAAGAAAGUAAGGAACAGUCGGGAAAGAUCAGUUUGAGCUUUGGACGCAGAUUGACAAGAGGCAGGGUUUUAAAGGCACCUUCAGCCUUGGCAGAUGUUGAUACGGAAACAAGACAACCAAUCAAAUUUGGUCUUCCAAAAGUGAUAGUACCAUUGAAAACAGGACCAAAAUGGGAAGUGGACGAUAUUAAUGAAAGUUCAAAAGAACCAAAAACUGACUCACUGGGGAAAGCUGAUCCUAUUGUACCAAGAAGUGACUUAUUUGUUAAGUGUGACGCGGGGGUCUCCAAAACUGACUCUAAAGUGCCGGUAGGAUGUAAUAAGGCUUUAAGUGACACUUUCACAAAUUGUGAGGAGGAAAGCACCAAAGCCGCUGAUGAAAAUGAAAUGAAAAAGACAGGUAUCAAAAUCGAGGUAAAAGGCAUCAGAACAAGGUCAAAGGUUAAGGAUUUAUUGGAGUUAAGUUCAAACAGUAAACCUGACUCAGUUGCUCACCAGACCUCAUGGAGAAAAUCCACAAGGAAUGAGGUGUCAGAUAUUGACGACGCAUCAGAUUAUUGUAUUAAAGGAAGUGAGCUGAGUACGUCUGGAGAAAGUGAUGUAGGUAUGUCUGGUAACAAAGGAAGUGAUGUCAUUACUUCUAGUAACAGUGGAAGUGACACGGGUACAUGUAAGAGUGGAAGUGUGGUUGGUACAUCGAGUAACAGCGGAAGUGAUGUGGGUACCUCUAGUAACAGCGGAAGUGGUGCGGGUACGUCUAGUAACAGCGGAAGUGAUGUGGGUACCUCUAGUAACAGCGGAAGUGGUGUGGGUACAUCUAGUAUGAAAGAAAGUAAUGUGGGUACUUUUGGUAUCAAAGGAAGUGAUUUGGGAACAUUCAACAUCAAAGGAAUUGAUACAAGUUCAUCAAGUAUCAAAGGAAGUGAUACUGGUAUGUCUAGUCCCAAAGGAAGUGAUGUGGGUACGUCUAGUCUUGAAGAAAGUAACAUGGAAACAUCUACUAUCAAAGAAAGAGAUGUGGGUUCAUCUUCAGCUGUUAAGCCCUCUUUAUAUGGAGAUUCUACAACAUCGCAAAAUGAAGAAGUUGGAAAUGUCAAGGAAAUCCUUGAACCAGAACCAUCUGUUUCUGAUCCUGUGGAUUGUGAUCUCAGCUCAACAUCAAAACAAAAUUCCUCAAUUGAACUCAGUGGAAAGCAGGGUACCACCAAGUACCAUACACAAGUUGAUGAGGAAAUCUUUUUCAAAAAUAUUGCCUUGCCAGAUGUAUCGAAAGCUCCACCAACAAAAGUUUUAGACAACCAAGGGACAAAUUAUGAAAAUCAAGACAUGGAUUUAGAUGACGAAAGUGAUAUGGAAUUGGAACCACAUUUGGAAGUUUCAUCUAAAACAGAAAUUGUUGAGUCUGAUGAAAAAUCAUAUAGAUCUAGUCAUAAUGAAAACUCCGGAUUCACAAAAGAUCAUAGUUUAUGUACAGAAAGGGAAAGUAGGGUGCCUAGUAUUGGUGAUGUGAAAGACAUUGCUUUACCUGGUGAAGACAGAGGACAUAUUGAAAGUAAAAGUGGGAUGUCACACAUAGACAAAACAAGGGAAGCUGUGAGUGUAGAAAAAGAUCUAGGAAACAUUUCAGUCACUGAUAAUUGUAAAACUCAUGUACCACUGUCAUUUAACUUCAAUGUAUCGUCAAGCUCUAGUGCCAAGUCGAAACCACCAUUACUCCAUGUUGAUGAACAUUCAAAUUCUGGUGCCAAGUCAAAACCUACAAAUGAAGUCAAGAUGGAGUCUAUUUCCAUAAAACCUUUCACAAUUGGACGUAAGACUGAUAAAAUCAUAGUGAACAUUAAAACAAUUGUAGACAGUCCAUUAAAAGAUACAUCAGAAAUAUUUAAGGAUAAUAAAACUUCACUUUCAAAGAUUGGACAAAGUGCAAAUGUAACUCCAGGUGAUUCUUUCCUCGGUGAACUUAAAUCCAAAACAUCAAAUGUAGAGGAGGUUGUUAAGGGUUCUACUGAUGGUGACAGGAAGUCAGGGGAAGUUACUCUUGAUUCAACAGGCAUUCAGGAGGAAGCUUGUCCACAGUCAAUUAUCAGUAGUCCUGGUUGUAUUCCAAUGGAGAUAAUUUCAGAGGAUGCCAUUAAGAUGAGAAAGUUAUCUUUCAUAGGACGGGAAUUAACAACGAAAAUAGAAACAGCUACCUCUAGGAAAAUAAAUGUAGAUUCUUUUGCUGGCAUAAAAACUGGUGUUCUAGAGCUCGCUGAAGAUGCAGAAGCUGGAAAAGAAGAUUCAGCCAAAACAAAUUGUGUCCUCCUUACUGAUAAAGUGUUGUGUCAUAUUCCAUUACCUGAUGUUGGGUUGCGAGAAAGACAAGAAAGAUAUUAUGGAGGAAGGCGAGAUCCUGUUAUAUGUGCUGACAAACCAACCAAGACACGAUCACGCUGGUCAGCCAUUGAGACGGUCAUUAGCAGUGUUCCUGAUCAAGGUACUGUACCAGCUGUUGAGGAAUUAAAACGAGCAGAAGAAAAUCCAACACUGAAAUCAGCACCAAAACCUGUAGUCAUGGCAACUGGCAACAGUGGUAAGAUGGUUGCAGAAGAAGUGACCUGGAAUCAGGAACCGAUUCAUGCACUGCAAAACAACCUUGAUCCAGGUAUAGCUCGUUACAUAGACAGAGAGUACGACCAAUUCCAAUCUAGUAAUGAACGAUUUGAAGAUCGUUUUUCUGAUCGUUACAGCGGAAGAGCGAAACAUUUUAAACAGGAACAGAAUCAAUUUGACGAGACCGAGAUAAGCCAGGAUGGAGGAGAUGACAAGAACCGUAGAUGGUUUGAGGAUAGAGAAUGGGACAAUGAACAUUACGAUGAUCGAGAUCAACCAAGGACGCGGUCGUAA